UCCCUUUUCACCUUAUGUCAGUUUUCCCUCCAACAGGACCCCUGGUCCCUGGAUCGCCUUCAGGAAGCGUACAACUUCAAACAGCUCACUAGGGUUUCUUAACGGUUACUAUAAUAUGGAUCGAUUGAAGAGAUAAGCGGCUCCAUCUUUCAUGGACAGUAGAUGUAGUUUGCCCUUGCCUGAUGCAUAUCUUGAUUUUCUGAAAGAGAACGGGAUCGAUCCUGCAAUCUAUGGUAUAAGUGAUUCAAUUCCACGUUACAUAAGGAUAAAACCAGGUAGUGAAGAUCAGGUCCAAGAGCUUGAAGAUGAGAUCAAAUGUAAGCUUGAAAAAGUGGUUUGGUUACCGGGGUUCUUUUCCAUUCCGCCGUCUGUUCAGAUUGCCAACUUGAAGGCAUAUCAGGAUGGGAAGAUAUAUGGAAUGGAUGCAGCAUCUGGAGCUGCUGUUUGGGCUUUGAAUGUCUCAGCUGGAGAUCAUGUCCUUGACCUCUGUGCUGCUCCAGGUGCGAAGCUGUGCAUGCUCUUGGAUCUUCUUGGUAGCUCAGGUUCGGUGACAGGGGUUGAUGUUGCAAGACAUCGUUUAGCAGCUUGUCGAACGAUGGUACAAAAGUAUGCCUUGGGGGAUCACUGUCGGCUAUUUGUCGCAGAUGGAACAACUUUUUCACUCCUACCUUUGGGUACUCAGUGGGACGCUGAAUCAGGUGCAUCUGAAACUGAGGAGAAAAUGAAUGCCUUCAAGGAGUGGAUGUCUAGGAGACCGUGGAAAGAAAGAAAACGAGCUAGUAAAGCUAGGAAUAAUAAUGCUUCAGAAUUAGUCCCAGGGGCUCAAGAACCAGAGAUGAUAUUCUAUGGGCGAUGUUCAGGUGUGGUCGGCCUUACUAAAAAUGAAGCAUAUAAAAAUUCCAGGGACAAUGAAGCUUUGCGCUUUGGCUAUGACAAGGUGCUUGUAGAUGCAGAAUGUACGCAUGAUGGGUCAAUUCGGCACAUCCAAAAAUUUGAAUAUUGGGGCUGGAAAACACUUCAACGUCGAGUAUUGGAUGCACAGAGAACGGAUACCUUGACGCACCUCCAGUUACAACUUCUUACUAACGGUUUCAGACUGUUAAAGGCUGGAGGGUCACUUGUUUACAGCACUUGCAGUUUAACAACUGCUCAAAAUGAAGAUGUAGUGGAAAAGUUUCUUUCACAAAAUGCUUUUGCUGCAGAACUACAGGAGAUUGAUGCUGCCCAAAACUGGCCUUGUAGAAGCGGGCGGAUACCUAAUACCUUGCGAUUUGACCCUUCAACAUCUCAAACUAGCGGACUUUUUGUUGCAAAAUUCAAAAAAAUUGUCUCUUAGUCAAGGUUGUGCUUUUUGUACCCAAUUGGAAUUUUACUCUUAAUUUCUUGGCCUGAUUUUCGAUAAGAUGCUGUAUUUUUGUACCUAUUGCUACGGCUUUUAAUCUGAAAUCUUAUAACUUAUCAAUAA